CAGCGCCAGCGCUCUCCCCGGAUCGUGUGGGGCCUGAGCCUCUCCGCCGGCGCAGGCUCCGCUCGCGCCAGCUCGCUCCCGCCGCCAUGUCUGCUACCGUCGAGCGGGAGUUUGAGGAGUUGGAUGCUCAGAAUCGCUGGCAGCAGCUGUAUUUGGAAAUUCGCAAUGAGUCCCAUGACUAUCCUCAUAGAGUGGCCAAGUUUCCAGAAAACAGAAAUCGAAACAGAUACAGAGAUGUAAGCCCAUAUGAUCACAGUCGUGUUAAGCUGCAAAAUGCUGAAAAUGAUUAUAUAAAUGCCAGUUUAGUUGAUAUAGAAGAGGCGCAAAGGAGUUACAUCUUAACACAGGGUCCACUUCCUAAUACAGGUUGCCAUUUCUGGCUCAUGGUUUGGCAGCAAAAAACCAAAGCAAUUGUCAUGCUAAACCGAGUUGUGGAGAAGGAAUCGGUUAAAUGUGCACAAUACUGGCCGACAAAAGAUGAUCGAGAGAUGCUGUUUAAAGAAACAGGAUUCAGUGUGAAGUUCUUGUCAGAAGAUGUGAAGUCAUAUUUUACAGUACAUCUACUGCAGUUAGAAAAUAUCAAUAGUGGUGAAACCAGAACAAUAUCUCACUUUCAUUAUACUACCUGGCCAGAUUUUGGAGUCCCUGAAUCACCAGCUUCAUUUCUCAAUUUCUUAUUUAAAGUGAGAGAGUCUGGUUCCUUGAAUCCUGAACACGGGCCUGCAGUGAUCCACUGUAGUGCGGGCAUUGGGCGGUCAGGCACCUUUUCUCUAGUAGAUACCUGUCUUGUUCUGAUGGAAAAAGGAGAUGAUAUUAACAUUAAACAACUGUUACUGAAUAUGAGGAAAUAUCGAAUGGGACUUAUUCAGACACCAGAUCAACUCAGAUUUUCAUAUAUGACUAUAAUAGAAGGAGGAAAAUUUAUAAAGGGAGAUUCAAAUAUACAGAAACGGUGGAAAGAACUUUCUAAGGAAGACUUAUGUCCUGCUUUUGAUCAUUCACCAACCAAAAUAAUGACUGAAAAAUACAAUGGUAAUAGGAUAGGCCUAGAAGAAGAAAAACUGACAGGUGACAGAUACACAGGACUAUCCUCUAAAAUGCAGGAUACUGCGGAGGAGAACAGUGAGAGCGUUCUACGGAAACGAAUUCGAGAAGACAGAAAAGCUAACACAGCCCAGAAGGUGCAGCAGAUGAAACAGAGGCUAAAUGAGACUGAACGAAAAAGGAAAAGGUGGUUAUAUUGGCAACCUAUUCUCACUAAGAUGGGGUUUGUGUCAUUCAUUUUGGUGGGUGCUUUUGUUGGCUGGACACUGUUGUUUCAGCAGAAUGUCCUAUAAACGAGCUGUUCUGCCCAGCGAGCUGCUGCGCUAGUAGCUGACAGUGUUGCGUUAGUCACAAGGGUCUGUCUGUUAGCAAGCUCCUCGCACCCCAGAAACAGUGCGGUAAGAAUAGACACCAACCAGACAAGUGAUCUAUUCAGUCCCCAGCCCAACAUCUCAGGGCAUUGUCCCCAAACUGUAAACGGCUAUCUGAAAUAAAGACUUGAAUGCUUGUUGAAAACUGGUACAUUUUGCAACUGUAUUCAUACACGUUAAGCGUACUAUUUCACCUGACCAGACCGAGAAAUCCUUUACCACAAGGAUUUGUUUUUGGAGGCUCUCUGGAUUUUAACCUGCACUUGAUACAAGCAAUAAAUAUUGUGGUCUUAUCUACAUUAUUACUGGAAAGAAGAUGACCUUGAAAUAAUGCGUGUAAUGUAUAAUGUACUGUUGACAUGGGCAUCGACAUUUUAUAUUCUUAACCAUUUCAGGGUAAAUAUAUUUUAUAAGUAUUUAAUCUUACUUUUGUAGUUAAAUGUACUUUUUAAAAACUCAAUUUGAAAAAUCUGUUACCAUGAAAAAAUAAAUUGUGUGUUGAUUCAAUUGUACUGAAUACAUUUUCCUAAAGAGAAGUUUGAUACGAGCAGUUAGAACUAACUCUGAAUAAGCAAUUUUUACUAUAUAUUUGCAUUUCUUUGAUGUUUUACAGUUUCCCCAAUUUUAAAAAGAGAAACAAACAAACAAACAUUUUCCCUAAAAAUAUCUUUGAAGGAAAAUUCUCCUAAUGGCAUAGUCAGGUAACAUUUGGUCAAAACUUUGUAAAGAAAUUGGUUUCUGUAAAGCCCAUGAUGAAUACUGUUUAAUUUUCAUGAAAAUUUCUAUGUAAUUACCCUAAUUUAUAAUUGGGGCAAAUCUUGACUUAGGAAAUAAAAAUAAGGAGCAGCAUUUUAUUAUCCGUGAUUUCAGUUUACUAGACUGAAGUUUUGAAGUAAAAUUUUUCAAGUUCUUUCUACUUCAAUAAAUAGUAUGAUGAUGUACAAACCUGACCUUGUCCCUUUAACUUCUUAAUGGGUAUUUUAAUUUAAAACAUAUUGUUUGAAGAACUUAACUGCUCAUUUGAGUGCUAGCCUUCUUCAGAUCCCAACAUUCCAUUCAGUGUUUGACUUAUUUAACUUAAACUUUAAAUAGUUGUUAUAAAUUUAAUUGCUGUUAUAAUAAAAUCACAUUAUUUCAGUGGUUUUCAAGCUAUGCUCAUUGGAUUUCUGAGAGGUCUCUGAGAGGUGGUUGGAAGGACUCCAAGCUACCAGCCUUUCCUUUCAACCAGCCCGUCUCUGCUUUAUCUAUUUUAUAUACUACGUAUGAUCUCUGUGUGAGGUGUAAUCAUUUUAAGGGGACAGUUACAAUUUUAAAAACAGUUGGAAAACCAUUUGUAUAGAUAGAUAUUUUGAAUUGAUUUGAGUAGCAGUCUUGAAUGUGUUAAAUUAUGCUGAAAGCCUGAAAGCAGGAUGAAGGUGGUUCUACAUAUUAAAUCAGAUUUGCAUAA